CAUAACACAGUUUGCACCGCAACAAGUAAAAAAAAAAAAGAAAAAAAGCAAUGCAAUAUGAAACCGGCGUUUCGAAACGCGGUCUGCUACUGCUACGCAUUCUCUCGCUCUUUGACCUUAAACCCUAACCCUCUCAUCAUCGUUUCGGCAUUUCGGAGACUCGAAACGUUUCGCGUUUCGUGCUUCUCUUCGUCAAUGGCGGUGCCUCCGUCGUCGCUGGAGAAGCAGUUCGACGCGUUUAGGACUCAGCUGGAAGAAUCUGGAACAUUGCGCGACCGAAUUCGAAGUGUUGUUUCGGAGAUCGAAUCCACCACAAGACUCAUGUACGCUAGCCUUCUUCUCGUUCACCAGUCUCGCCCCACUCCCGAGAUUUUGGAGAAGGCAAAGUCUCAGAUUAAUGUGUUAAAGGAACAGUAUAAGCAACUUGCUGAAAUUCUUGGAGGAUGCCCUGGGCAAUACUAUAGGUUUCAUGGUGAUUGGAAGAGUGAGACACAGUCUGUAGUUUCGAUGCUUACUUUUAUGCAUUGGCUUGAAACAGGAAGCCUUCUUGAGCACAAAGAAGCUGAGGAGAAACUCGGGUUGAAUAGGUCAGAGUUUGGUCUAGAUGUUGAAGACUACCUAAUAGGUGUUUGUUUUAUGUCUAAUGAAUUGCCAAGGUAUGUGGUGAAUCAAGUGACAGCUGGGGACUAUGAUUGUCCAAGGAAAGUCUUGAAGUUCUUAACAGAUCUCCAUGCUGCAUUCCGCAUGCUUAAUCUUCGCAAUGAUUUUUUGCGAAAGAAGUUUGAUGGCAUGAAGUAUGAUCUACGAAAAGUAGAAGAAGUUUACUAUGAUGUUAAGAUUCGAGGUUUGACACCCAAUGGUGAGUCAGUUGGAGAUAAAGAAAUCGAAGGACAAUCUUAAGUUGUGAUAGCCGUAGACCCAAAGCGAGAAUUUCAGUACAUGGAGCUUUUUUGACUUCUCAACAACUAUUCCCCUAAAAAAUUCGGUAGACUUGGCUUUCCGUUUGCUGGUAACUAGAAUUAUGUUUCCAAUGGUUGAUGAAAGGAAAUUAAGAUACAUGAGUACGGUAUACAACUGUUAAUGUGGUACUGACUCUUUCGAAGACAUUGUGAGAACUGAAAACACUGUAUUUCCUAUGUUCUAAAUGUAAAAUAUACGUUGAAGUUUAUUAAUGCUUGUGAUUGGUUGAACAGGGGUUUUCAGUUCCAUCCACAACAGACUAGUUGAUUCUUUUUUGGCUAACUUUGAACUGAAUGAAGUGGUAAUUUCCUUGUAAUGAAAUGAUGGUAAAGAGUAGU